CCGUUAAAUACCCCGUUAGUAGCUCUUUCUGCAAUGCUGACCUGGCAAAAAAAACUGAGGUGGAAUUGAGAACGUGGCAUCCAUGUGGAAGUGAUUAAGUAAAUAAUAGCAUAAAACGUAAAAAAAUAAAACAAAUAUUACCCCUCCUCUCCUCUCACAUCCAUUCAUCCAAUUCUUAUCCUCAACCCCUUCUUCUCUCGUCUGUCCAUCUCCCCCUUUGUCUGCAAAGACACGAAGUCGCCGACGAGGAUCCACUCACCGUCCUGCAGGCGUGGCGGCGAGACUGCCAUUGCCUGAGUCCCCCCUACCAAAAAUCCCAAUCCUUUUUCUUUCACCCAUCCGAAGUAACGAAACAAACCCCCCAUCGUCAAUCCAAAUCCCCAAUCUUUGAUCCAGGUCUGGAGAGCUCAUCAUCGACAAGAAGCCACCACUGCCUCGGAGUACGCACCGGGGACUCCCCGGUAUGCGACUCGGAGCUGCGCUCCGUGCAUCGGAGCUAGAGCGAGGUCGGUGAUAGUCAACGCCUUCUGCAAUCGACGGCAGUUGCAGUACCGUAGGUCGGGACCAAAUCCAGGUCAAUAGUCUUGUGACCGUUGACCGAAUCUAUGAAAUCGAGUUCAUUUUCUCUUCCAGAUCUAGGAUGCUCCUGAGUGGCGACUUUGCUGGAGAGGAUGGCGCAUGAGCUCUGCCAGUUUGAUCUGCUGCGGACGACGCCAGUGGGGCAGUUGACGGAGUCGUAGGAGCGGUGGAUGCAGUGGACGACGAGUGGUGCUGCCACGGCGGAGGGACGGCUAGCCCCGAUUAACGAGGAGUUGAGAGACGACAGAGGCUGGGUAGGGCGGAGGAAGCUAGGUGACGGUGGAGGAAGAUAGGGGAAGAAGAAGAGGGAGACAGGGGAGGGCGGAGGAAGCCAGUGACGGUGGAGGAAGAUAUGGGAAGAAGAAGAAGAGAGAGACAGGGGAGGGCGGAGGAAGCAAGGUGACAGUGGAGGAAGAUAGGGGGGGGGGGGGGGAAGGGAGAUUGGUUGAGUUUGUUUUUCAACUUUAAUUUUUUAAUUUUUUUAAUUUAAAAAUAAAAAUUAUAUAUUUAAUUAUUUGCUGAUGUGGAAGCCAAUAUGGAUGCUAACAUGGCAGUCUCCGUUACAAAUUUAACUGUGCUAACAGACUGUUAGCCAUAUCUUGACCCGUAACUAUAGUUAUGGAUAUUAAUUUGUAUAUUGAUAGUUGAGGAUAUAAAUCCCCGAUCCAUAAUAGUUAUGGAUAUUAUAUUGUAUUUGCCCUAAAAAAUACAAACUUUAUCCACUUUCUCAUUUAUGUUACACAAUUUUCCACAUGUCAUUUAUAUAACAACAUUACAACAUUAAAGUUUUUGGUUAAUGGUUAACAGAAAAUAAGCGAUUGUGGUGACAAUUUAUAAAUCAAUCCACAAAUUCAAUCCAUCCGGUUAAAUAUCAAACUAAUCCAAUCCAUUUUAUCCAAAUGAAAAAUUACAAUUUAGUAACUAUAUUUUUUCUAUUUUACAUUUUCAUACCUAAAAUUUAUUUAUCAUUAUGACAUUUUAGUACAUAAACUAUUCAAAAUUUACAUAUUGGUCUAAGACUUGGAUGUCAUCUGGAUCCAUGGAUCAAUCAACCAAUCCAUAUGAUCCAUAGAUUUACCAAUCUAAUCCACCGAUCUAUGGAUCCAAUUCGUUUUUUUUUUUUGUCUACAUUACCCUUUCAAAUAAGAUGAGUUAAGGGUAGGGUACCACAGUAGUAGAUACCUCCAUUGAAUUACAAACCAAGAAGAUACAAGAAAUCAUAAAGAUCAUAAUGGAAGCCAGGAUAACGAAGGGCAUUCCGUGCCACAAAAUGCGCAGCCCGAUUCUCUUGUCGAGUAGUGUACAUGAACUGUACUAAUGGUAGAUGACACAAAAGACUAGGAACUUCUCUGAGGAUUGCUCCGCCCCGAGAAUCAGACAUGGUACGAGUCACCAGUUGAUGGAUAACAUGUUGUGCAUCACUUGUAAUGAGCAUCGGUCGGGUGGUCCAACCCCAAUGGAGAAGAAGGUAUAGUGCCUCACGGACCGCCAACAACUCAAUUAAAUAAGAGUUGGUAUUUGAUGGUAUUGUCCUUUCAGAAGCAAAGAUUGAAGAAGAUUCGUGGAAUCCGACAAUAUCAACAGAUAAUAAAGUCAGCUAUAGAUCCAAUUCAAUUGUUACCUCUAGGCAAUGAUGACAUAAUUGAUGACGUGAAAAAUUUAUUAGUAAAAUGAACAGAUAAUAAAGUCAGCUUGCUCACUUGGCAAAAAUUGUUAUUAAAAAGGAAAAAUAAUAUAAAAAAGCAAAAUUAAAUUACUCUCUCCCCUAUCUCUCUCCCCGUGAGACAUUUAGAAUUUAUCCUCUCUUUCCUUGACAUAGAGAAGAUAACUCACCACCACUGUCACCCUCAGCUACCGAUUUGAUAUCUUCCCUAAUACUUGACGGUGUCGACAGAUGAGAAAGUUAUGCUUCUGUAUCUGGGGAUUGCACUAGGGACAAUGACACCCUUGGCGGGUCGACUUUCCCCGGCUUGCUCCCUAUCGGAUCUACGAAGGGACAAGAUACUAUGACAACGCCCUAUUUGUUGUUAGAGUAACAACAAACUUCAUUAAGAACAUAAGAGUAAAAUAAAAAAAAAAUUAAUUAAUUAAAAUUUAAAUUAACCACUUUCUCGACUCAUAUUCACUCUCCCUCUUUGUCUCCGAUAUUAGUCCUCUUCAUCUCUGCAUCUCUGCAUUCCACCCUCUUUGUCUGCAUAUAAAAAUUGCUCUGCAUCUCUGCAUUCCAACCUCUUUGUCUCCGACAAUAGUCCUCUUCUUCUCUGACGACAAACUCUCUCCAGCUCUUCUCCCUCACCGACAUAAUGGCAGAAAAAUUGCAAUUCACUUUGAUUCUUUCUCCGUUUGUCACCAUUCUUUCUCGACAUAAGAUAUGGCAGUGGACUCUAGAAGAAAUCAGCUCUGUCGUCGAGGAAAUCGAGAGAGGAUGAACUGGAGAAAUCCGAAUCCCAAAAUCCAGCGCUCCUCUCCGGAUCAGCAAUAAUCGCUCUCAUGCUGCUCUCAUGUUGCCUGUGAACCCGUGCAAGCGAAGCGGUGCAUUUUGACGCCCAUCUUGAGUUCACGGACGCGUUUCAGAGUUCACGGCCGUGAACUGACCACAAUCCCUAUUUAAAAGAAGAGCUGAAAGGAAGAGAGAGAAGGGAGCCCAUUGAGUGGGAAAGUCUUAUUCUUCAUAUUUUAGUGAGAGAAAGACGAACCAAAGGAGGAGAAGGCUAGGGUUUUGCUCCAAGUGUGGAUUAGGGAAGAUUCUCCCCAAGAGAAGUUCAACACAAGUGCCAAGAAGAUUGGAAGCCUCCUUCACCAAGAGGGCCGAGUGAGGGAGUAAGUCAACCAUUGAUUGCCUAAACCGAGAGGGCCGAGUUACAACCUAUAAUGUAUCCCUCGGUUUAGCAAUCGAGAGUGUGGUUACCACCAUAUUUGCGUCCCCUAGCGUUUCGCGGUCAUCUUUCCCAUAGCAAUUGAUAGACCGUUAGUUACACAUGUUUUCACCCCUGUUCUUACACCGUUUGAGAUGUGGUUUCUCGUGUUUUAGACCGAUUUCACGCUAGGUUGUGCUUGUUUGUGAUAUUUCAGGUCCUGGCAAGUGAAUGAAGGUUUAGGAGCGAGUUCGGGGUCGAUUGGGCGAAGAUCGGGCACAAGACAAGUUGCAAAGGAAGUCACACGGGCUACCCUGAUGUUCACACGGCCGUGCAAGAGGCCAGUCUGGCCGUGUGACAUUCUGCGAGAGCAGACACAGGCAAAGCAGAAGAUCGACACGGCCGUGCAAGAGGCCAGUCUGGCCGUGUGGAAUUCUGCGUGAGCAAACACGGGCAAAAAGGAAGUUCACACGGCCGUGCCACUUGUGCCGUGCAAAGAGCCUGGAAUUCGAACUAAUUGGAACGCAGCGUUUUGACUCACACGGGCAACUGGGUAAGCCACACGGCCGUGCCACCCUGGCCGUGUGAGUCGGGAUUUUCUGCUUAAAACCCGAUUUUCAGCCAAAGGAGAAGAGGAGAGCUGGGUUUUGGAUCCCAAACACCCAAGGGACGAACCAAAGAGAGAGAGGGCGAUUUGAGGGCAUUCUUGGAGUGGAGUUGGAGGAUUUCUUCGCCUUGGAAGCUCGAGGAACAAGCCCGGACUUGAAGACUGAUCAUCUAAAGAUUCUUACUGCAGUCUCUCUCUUCUCUAUGGAGUAACUUCCCUUCACUUAGGUUUUGAGGAACCCUAGCUAUGUUUGUUUGAUUGGAUGAUUGUAUGAUUACUCUGACUUGAUAAUCUUGAGUUCAUAUUCAAUCUAUGCAUGUUUUCAUGAUUCACUUCUGCUUUAGUCGAGAUUAUUGAUUCUGCUUUGAUUCUAUGAGAGGGAAUACCUGAUUAGGUCAAUAGAGCACCAUAGAUUGAUAGUAGUGGAUCGAUUGCUUUAGUCGAGGGUUGAUUCACUGCUUUGUAUCGAUUGAGAACCUCUUUCGAUAGAGGGAGUCUAGUUCAGAACGCCUUGAUCAGUUGUUCUAGAGAAGGAUACGUCCCUCUAGGCAAUUGACUCAAGAGGGCCUUGUUCCUUUAGUCGAGACUCAAGGUCUAGUCAAGGAUUCUCCGCAUUGUGAAUGAAAGUGAAACAAGUUAGAAAUCAUCAAUCGUUAGUCUGGCUAGUGGCUAGGGGGAAUCAUACCUAAGUGAGUUCCCAACUUGUAAUUAGAUUAACUUUAACUGUAGUUUGCUAGAGUAGUUUUAGUUCUUUCAUCUUAAUCUGAUUUGCUAAAUAAUAAACUGAAGCUGAGUAAUAGUAACUCUAGAGACCCGUGGAUUCGAUAUUUAUCACUUGAGCCACUAUACUGCAGUCCCUUUCAUUGGUUACACUUGGCCUUUGUUAGGUAUUGUGUCGUAGCGAGUCAAGUUUUUGGCGCCGUUGCCGGGGACUUUCUAGAGUAUUAGGAAAGGCAGAAGUUUGUUACUUUAGCGUUUUUCGUUUCUUUUCUUUUCCACCCUUGCUUUUCACUUGGGUGUUUUUGUUUUUGUUGGUGCAGAUCUGAAUCAUGGAUCCUAAUGGCUUCUCCAAUCAUUGGGGGUAUCCACCACCAUCUGGGUGGUAUUACCCCGAGACUCCGUGGAGCAAUCAAGGCGGAGAAGACUAUGGAUUUGGGUUCCAGUACCAACCCCCUUACUACGGAGAACAACCGGACCCCUGGGCAUAUCAAGAACAACCUCAUUAUCAAGAAGAAUUUCUCCCACAACCAGAAGGGCCAUCAGCGCUGGAGUUACUCAUGGAGCAGUUUGCUCGAGACUGUGAGAGAACAUGCUCCAGGAUGGAUCAGUGUGUCCAGGCCUAUCGUGAAACAGAGGAGAUCCUCCUGAGCCUUAAGAAGAGCGUCGAUGAUCUUGAGCGAUCUUGGGCACAACCUGCUCCAGAUCACCCUUCUGCUACCAUACUAGAAGAGGAGGAGGAAGAAGAAGGCUACAAGGACAUUGUGGAAUACACAGAAGUUUUCACGGAGAGCUCCCGUGAUGGUCAUGAUCAGGAAUGUCCUGUCGUAGCCGACCACACCUUCCCACACCCUAAACUGAGCUUUGAAGAGGCGGGCAUGAGUGAGGAGAUGCAAGAAGAUCUCAUGAAAGAAAUUGCUUGGCAACUUGCUCUCCAAUCCGUGCUAGAAGAAGAAGAGCAAGAAAGGGUGCAGAAAGAAGUUGUGGAGGAUGGCGAAAGUGAAGCUGGAGAAGUUCUUGAUCAUUUCCCAGGGGUGAUACCACAUGAAGAAGGAAGGGAGGUUAAAGAAGCAAUUGGCGUCCAGGCUAAGGAUGAAGUUGAGGUGGAAGAGGCCUGCACCGGCCAUGAGUUACAUGUGAUAUCUCCACCAAACUUCGAGGAACUACUUAGCAAGGACCCAUUUGCAGUGUCUCUUUGCCAGACCAAGGCCACCUUGACAUCGGUCCCUCUUGGUGGACGCGAUGGUGGCCAAUCGAUGCUGUCUUAUCUGGUUUGGGGCAAUGAUACGAGAGAAGAGAAGAAGAGGUCUCGAGGGUGGAGACUUCAUCUGCAUCAAGUACAUGAGCCUUCAUCACCUGCCACACCACAUGCUCGUGACUUGAGACUCCACCUCAUCGACGAGAACCUCAACUUCAAGGAGGUUCUAGCAUGGACCGAAACUUAGGAGCCAUCGUCCGGCUCACGACGUGAAAGAAGCGCUUGUUGGGAGGCAACCCAACCAGUCGGUUUGCAUUUCUGUCUCUAUUUCUCCUCGGUUGAGUCAGUUUGCUAUUUGAUUUUAGAGUCAAUAACUCAACCUUUGUGAGAUUUUGUGUGGUGUUUGUGUUCUGAUUACUCUCUCUUUCUGGAUGGCACCUCCUGACCCGUUCAUCAUCAUUCACCCUUGAUCUGGUAACUUUGUUCUACCCUCCUUAUCUUUCCUCCAUUGAGGACAAUGUCGUGCUUAAGUGUGGGGGGAUGUUCGAUUAUGUAUGCGGGUGAAUGUUUGGCUGUUUGUGUGCUUGGAGCCUAGUCCACUGUCCAAAUUUCUAAAUUUGAGGGCUCCAAGUACGUGUUUGCUUGCAAUUGCCUGCUCAGUAUGAUUUGAAUUGACAGUCUUUAUAGUAAUAUGCAACCUAGGGAGGUAGUGUAGCACUAUGGAGGAUGUUGAUGCAUUUAAGAAGUCUCAUGUCUUCUUCAUAUUGAGUUGGUUGAUUGAGUGAAUUAGUGAUCUUAGGACCCUUGAAUUGUGUGGUGUUGUGGAUUCUCUGCCUGUCAUGGACUCUUGUAUCAUGUUUUGAAAAUAACAGGUGCUCGAAAAUGUGCUUCAAAAUAAACGUCUCCCGUGCGA